UAUUUAGUUGAAUUGUUUGAAUAUGCUGACGCUUCUGUUGUUAAUCAAAAUCAAACAAAUAAUCUUAAUAAUAAAAUAUCUAAAUCAAACAAACAAACUAAUGAAACCUCAAAUUUAAAUCAAAACAAUUCUGAAAAGAUUUCGGAUAAACCCAAUAAAAAUAAACAAUUGUCAAAUCAAAAGGAAUCGGAAUCUGAUGACGAUGAUUGUAAAAUAAUUGGAGAAAGAAAAAUUAUAAAAAUAAAUUGUGGAGAGAAUAAUAAUUCAAAAAAUUUUGAAAGAAUAAAUGAAAAUAAAUUGAAUAAUAAAAAUAAAGGGAAAGAGCCCGUGUAUAUUUGUUUUGAUGAAAUAAACAAGAAUAUUAAAAUAAUUAACCAAAAUAUGAAUUUUAUGUGAGCAAUGCUUUAUAUUUAAAUAAAAUUAAAAAUUAAAAAGAAAUUUUAAUUUGAAGUUGUCAUUAACCUCGUCCUACACUAGUUUAGAUUAAAAUUUUCUCAAUAGAUAAAUAUUAUUAAAGAGAUUCCUUAAAAUUGCAGAGAAAUGCCUUUUAUUUAGGGUUGCCGUUUUCUGUUCGAGCUGACGUUCGGUGCAUAUUUUUCGAGCUUGGUUUUUUUCGAUUCGAGAUACUCCCCAUCAAAAUAACAAAGAAAGUCAAUUAAUCAAAAAACAAAUAAUUAAUCCGAAUAAUAAUUCUUUAAAUGAUAAUAAAAACCCGAUGACCACACUUGAAGGAAUACAACAAUGGGUAAAUAAUUUAAAUAAGCAAAUAGAAUACUAUGGAAGUGGAUAUUCAAAGAAUAAUGAAUCCUUAAAAACUCAACAGAAUAAAGGCACAAAAAAUCCCCGAAAACGAAAUAAUUCCGGUAGUGGACGAAAAGGAAAGGGCAAAAAACACAGCACUGAAACUAAAAUAAACUGUGAUGAAAAUAAUAAUUCAAAAAUAAUUGAGAAAAAAGAUAAUUCUAAAAUUAACGGUAAUAUUAUUCAAAAUAAAAAUAAUUUAUUUGAUGAACUAACGUUAGAUCAAUUUGAUUGGGAUAUUUUUGAAAAUGGUAAUCUUUUAAUUGUUUUAAAAUAA